AUGGAAGAUUUUGUCAGCCUCUGCUACCAGAAGGAAUACUCCGCACGACGCAUGUUCGAACAGCAACGACGACAGGCGAACGGUCAACUGCGAGUUGCUGCACAGGAGUUUGCACGUCGACGACAAGACCAGCCUUCGGCAUACCGCCCCGCGCUGCAACCGCGAACCACCAACGCAAAAGCGCUGCCGGAGCCUCCCCGACCUGCACUAAAGUCGAUCACUAGCAACCGUAUAGAUCGGCCCCUGGCGUACCCGUGCCGACACUGUGGAGGAAAACACAAGGACUUCGAGUGCCCAGACAGACCUCCUCGUCCCAGAACAUACGGUCAGAAACGUGUCGCAUUCAUGAUGGAUCUGCUGGACCAGUACAACGACUGUGAGUUUUCGGACGAAAACCCCGUCGACAUACACGACGAAGACGAGGUUCAGCGAAGCGACGAACAAGACGUCGCCAUGGACCACAAAACGGAAAACGACUAG